AUGUCUACCAUGCCCGCUUCCCACGGCCACAGCGCCGCCUGUUGCAACAUUCCUCCUAUCGUGUCCAAGGGAUACCAGCCCAAGGGCUCGUAUGAGGAAGUCGGCGGCUACAAGACUUAUGUCACUGGCCCCGCCGACGCUACCAAGGCCAUCGUCGUCAUCUACGACAUCUUUGGCUACUUUGACCAGACUGUCCAGGGAGCCGACAUCCUGGCCUAUGGCGAUGAUCACCACAAGUACAAGGUGUUCAUGCCCGACUGGUUUAGGGGCAAGCCGUGCCCUAUCGAAUAUUACCCUCCCGAUACCCCGGAGAAGCAGGAGGCCUUGGGCAAGUUCUUUGGCGAGUUUCCGCCUCCCAAGAUUGCCGGCUAUGUGCCCGAGUAUGUGGAAGGUGUCAAGGCUCACAGCCCGGCUGUUUCCAAGCUGGCCUUGCUAGGGUACUGCUGGGGCGGUAAAGUUGUUGCUCUCACAGUCAAAGCACCAACAAACGCCUUUGUUGCGGGAGCCUCAGCUCACCCAGCCAUGGUCGACCCUGCCGAUGCCGAAGGCCUCACUAUCCCCUUUGCCCUGUUGGCGUCUGGAGAUGAGACCCCAGAGGACGUUAAGAAGUUUGAGGAGAAUCUCAAGGUGCCUCACCAUGUCGAGACGUUUGCUGACCAGAUCCACGGCUGGAUGGCGGCGCGUUCUGACUUGGAAAACGCGCGGGUCAAGGCCGAGUAUGAGAGAGGCUACAAGACGCUCUUGGAGUUUUUCGGCAAGCACGUGUAA